GUAUGCAAUAAAAAGCCUCUCGUAUCACAUUUGAUAUUUUCUUGGAUAUACUCGAGGAAAGCAGAAAAAAUGCAGAUUUCGGUGAUUAUUAUAUCUGUCCUUGCCAUCGCAAUGAUGGCUUACGGUUAUAACGCUGACAAGCUGAAAAAAUUUUACGACGACUUUGCAAUGUGCAACGAGAAAUUGGGCACAUCGCCGACUGAGCCUAGUGCCCAAGCAAUCAAUUGCGCGUUGAUUAAUGAUGGCGAGAUCCUUAACGCGAACGGCGAGAUUAUAACUGAGAUAGCUAUGCAGAAACUUGACGAUCUGAUCUCCGAUCCGGACAAAUUAAAACAGGCGCGUGAGAUGCAUACGAAGUGCUAUAAAGAAGUGGUUGAAAGUGGAGUGACCGGUAACGAGCAGACACUGACAAUGAUCACGUGCAGUAUGCCAAUUAUGGGACUGAUUGACAAACUGAAGUAAAAGAGCCAACGAGAUAUUUUUUCACGUAAACACUAGCUGUGUAUGCUGUUUUCGGAAUUAUCUGUAUAACCCUACGUAUAUAUGAUUUCCUUUUAUGCCAAAUUGUAUGUACGUGCUAAUGAUUAAAUAAAAUAUAUUUGACGAGACAAAAUGAA